AUGGUAGUUUCGUCUGCAGGUCUGCAGCACGAAAUUGAAUUUUGCAUACAAGAGAUGGAACGCUUGAAGGUGACGGAACUGAAGUCUGUAUCGCGUUCUGUUGGACUGGCAUUGAGCGGGAGAAAGGCUGAUCUUCAAGACCGGCUACGAGCAUAUCUGAAUAACUCCUGCAGGGGCAAUGCUAUCGAUCCUUGGCGCCCCAAGACCAUACUGCUGCUGAUGGACAAAGCAAGACAAAACGACGCUCUCCCGACAUAUGAGACGGUUUGGCAGGAACUGAAGUCUGGGGCCCUACAACAUCAUCCAGUGGUAUCAGGCCAUCAACCUCCGAGCUCUCUGGGGGUCACAAAACAUAGUACGGGACCAGCAGUUGUUCAGCAAAUUCCCAAGACUCGAGUGGCUAUACAAUUUAGUGAGUCGCCAUUUUAUAAACUUAAACGAUUGCUCAACGGUAGUCCCAAAUUUGCGCCAAAAAAUAGUGGCAGAGGAGUUUGCUCGUAUCAUUUCAGUCUAAGCAGAGAAGAAAAUGCACUUCUCCGAAAGGGCCCCGAAUUCAAAGUGUUUUUAUUUUGCGGAGUACUUUCCCCAGUGCUCGAAAGUCGAGGCCCAAGUCCAAUUCAGUUUCCUCACCCCAAUGAUAUAAGGCUGAAUAACGAAGCUGUAAAGGACAAUGUACGAGGGUUGAAAAAUAAGGUAGGAACAGCAAAACCAGCAGAUUUAACACCUUACCUCAAGCCCGAGGCAUAUGAAAAUCAUCUACAGUUAACUUACGCAUUCACGAAAGAAGAUUAUCUGGUGUACUGUUACAUUGUUGAGGUCAUUCCACCUCAAUUGAUCAUCGAAGAAGUUCUCCGGCAUCCCAAGAUUGUCAAGCCUGCAACUCUACAGUAUUUGAAGGAGUCCUUGAGCGAAGACGAGGACGAAGAUUUGGUAACGACCUCGACUGUGAUGACAUUACAAUGCCCUAUCUCUUAUUGUCGCAUGCGCUACCCUUCAAAAUCUGUGCACUGUAGACACUUGCAAUGUUUUGACGCUCUGUGGUACAUCGAAUCGCAACUACAAAUUCCUACGUGGCAUUGCCCGGUAUGUCAAAAGACUGUAAAAGUUGAAGACCUAGCGCUUUGCGAAUUUGUUGAAGACAUUAUAGAACAAUGUGACGACGAGGUGGAACAAGUAGAGAUUUCAAGAGAUGGCCAAUGGAAACCCAUUUUUGAUGAUGAUACUCCAGCACCGCGUGAACAGAGUAAAGUUCAAGUCAAAUCCGAGAAUGGCCAAAAAUGGGGUUCUGGCGAUGGAUCAAUGCUGGAUGAAGACGAGAGUGGCCCUAGUACUGGAAGGAGAGCCGUAUCGCAACAAGCCGAUCCCGUCGUUAUAUCUUUAGACAGUGACGAUGAGGGCCCGGGACCUAAUAGUGCGGUCCCCCCUCUUCAAGAUUCUAAUAUCGCACCGAGCUCAUCCUCUGUUUCUGUAGUCCCGCCAACUACGGAUCAGCGAAACAAUGAUGCAGAUGUAAACUCUGGUAACGACUCCAUCCGACGAGAUAACACCUUAGGGAACAUUUACGGUGUCUACAUGGACUCCAACUCGGAUCACCCACCCAGCUUGGAUCCAAGACGUGCAAACUCCACUCCAUCCGUCAACCGUCAUGAUACAUCCGCUGCUCGGUCACCUGGCGAAAAUAGCAUGCCAACGAGUGCCACUUUCUAUCAUCGAGAGUUUUCAGUUCCAAACAUACUAGGUAGGACCCCGCUCAGAAAUACUAGUGACACGCAUGAAGAUCGCGACGAUUUUAACGACAACGAUGCUAGAAGUGACGCAAAUGUGUCCCCAAGCCCGUCGGGUAAUGCAUCUCUUGGGCCAAAACUCUCAAACCCCGAGCUGAGAUUGCCUCAAAGAAAUGGAACUACAUCCAUGAACAACGGUUCCCAUAACCAUGCAUUCUCUACUAACACUAAUGAAAACGUCAAUGACUCCAGUCCUUUUGCGCGAUAUCAACCUGCUAACUUCCGGGACUAUCACUUACCUCCCUUGGAUCAAGAUCGAAGAGAAGGCAGUAAUCUGCUGGGCUUGGGUGGGAGAGCUAGCAUUAUCGCUCCACAGGACCGGAAUAGCGCGAUGCCUCGUGAUGAAACGCUAGUCAAUAAUGAAAACGUUGGCCAACAGUACCAAGGCCGCGAGGCCCUUGAUCGUGGAGAGCUAAACUCAGCUGAAGUCGACAGUCCAACAACAACGCAGGGCUCUGGCCCAGUUCGAACUUCCAAGAUAUCAAGCGACCUCUCUUCAAAUUCACGAAGAUCACCGGUACCGCCACCGCUACCACCUGCGCCCCAAGCUCUCAACAGAACUUCACUGUCUACAAAACCAAAGGAAGCACCACCUUUGCGUCACCGAAAGCCAAUCGUAUCUCCAUUCAUACCUAAGAAGAGUUAUGCCAAUGUUCUUCCUCAAAAACGUCAAAUAUCGAGUGAAUCAACCAACAAAGUCAGCGCACCUGAAGUUCCUGUUCGUUCCGGUCAGACAACACCUUUCACGGAUGACACGCUAAGCUCCGUUUCUCCACACCCACCUAUUUUGCACCGUUUUGACGCUGAUGAACUGGAUUUCAUCGACUUAACCUCGGACGAGUAG